AUGAAAGUGGGCACGGGAGAGAACAGUAUGGAGAUGAAGCCAAGCGAGCUGAUUUCUGUGUCCAAGCUUGGAGAUACUGACCGGUCUUGGGUACCCGUUGAUGACAGGUCAUUACUCCAUACACGUACUUUGUGUACCACAGUACAAUUUGUCGACGCCCAGAAGCCUGUUGAAACAUGGGGCAGCAACUUCUGGAAGGAGUGGAGGCUCGGAAGGGUGGGGUUCAGGCAAGCCUUAUGGACUUCCAUGUGGUUU